AAAGUUGACAGCAAACAACCUAUAUAAAAGAUUUUUCUUGCCCUAAAUUUUUUGUCUUUGUGUAUGAUCAUAAUCUGAGAUCUCUCUCUGACACCCUUCCUAAAGAUCCUCUGAUCAAGAAGUUCCAAAACAAAAACAAAAAAAAACCCAAUUUUUAUUUUUUGUUAUCCAUUCCCUGUUUGAUCCCUCUGAUCAGGAACAAACUCUGUCACCAUCAAUCUUUUAUGGGUUUUCACAGCUAAGCUUGUAGUUGAAAUUUGAUACAAUAAUAUUUAUGUUUAAGGUCCACCAAGAAAAAUUGAAAGAAACCAGGUUCAAGGUAUGCAAAGAACACCCACUGUCACCAUAUUCUCUGAACUCACAUAAAAACUAUUGUUUUCUUGUUUUUGGGGACAAAAGUUUUGCCCAUACCCUUUUGGUCUUUUUUACCUCCAUUUGCAGAUUUGUUACAUAUUAAUGGUGUCUUGCCCUUGUUGUGCUUGUGGGGUUGUGGGUUUUGAACAUAAGCAAAAACUGGAUUUGAGGUUAGGGUUGGGGGUUUUGAUGAAUGUAUUGUUUGCUGGUUCUUUUGGAUAAAUUAUGUAAAAAGAUUCAAACUUUAUCAAGAUUCUUGGAUAAAUAUAGGUUUAUAUGAUAUAUAUAUAUAUAUAUAUUGAAAUUGUAUACAAAAAAAAAAAGAAUGGUUAAACCUUGCUGGAAACCUUCUGUUGAGGGGGAUGGUGGUGCAGGGAGGGGUGGGGAUACUAGGGGUAGGGUUGAUGGUUUAAUGUGGUAUAAGGAUUUGGGGGUUCAUGUAAAUGGAGAAUUUUCAAUGGCAAUAAUACAAGCUAAUAGUUUGAUGGAGGAUCAGAGCCAGCUUGAAUCAGGUCCAUUGAGUUCUCUUGAAUCAGGUCCUUAUGGAACAUUUGUUGGAGUUUAUGAUGGACAUGGAGGACCGGAGACGUCCUGUUUCGUAAACAAGACUUUGUUCUCCAAUCUUAAGAAAUUUGCAACUGAGCAUCAAGAAAUAUCUGCAGAUGUCAUAAAAAAAGCUUUCUUGAAAACGGAUGAGGAGUUUUUGUCUCUUGUGAAGCAACAAUGGUUUGAGAAGCCACAACUUGCAUCAGUGGGAUCUUGUUGUUUGGUUGGUGUAAUCUGCAAUGGACUACUAUAUAUUGCCAAUGCCGGAGAUUCGCGUGUGGUGUUAGGUAGAACAGAAAAAGCUUCAAGGGGCGUGACAGCUAUUCAAUUGUCAGUGGAGCACAAUGCUAAUAAUGAGUCUGUGAGAGAUGAGCUUAGAUCAUUGCAUCCCCAGGAUUCACAGAUUGUGCUUCUCAAACACAAAGUUUGGCGCGUGAAGGGUAUCAUACAGGUUUCAAAGUCAAUUGGUGAUGCCUAUCUUAAGAGGGCAGAGUUCAAUCAGGCACCCCUGUUGGCAAAGUUUAGAUUGCCCGAAUCCUUCUCCAAGCCGAUCCUCAGUGCGGAACCAUCAAUUUUCAUUCACAGAUUGACUUCCAAAGAUCAGUUCCUCAUAUUUGGUUCAGAUGGUCUCUGGGAACAUCUUAGCAACCAGGAGGCUGUUGAUAUAGUCAACAGUCAACCCCGAAACGGGAUCGCCCGGAGAUUAAUCAAAGCUGCUCUCCGAGUAGCAGCUAAGAAAAGAGAAAUGAGAUAUUCAGACCUGAAGAAGAUCGAUCGAGGUGUAAGGAGGCAUUUCCACGAUGAUAUCUCGGUUGUUGUUGUGUUUCUGGAUCUUUAUUCCAUGAAUAGAAGCUCGUCUCACAUUCCGAUACUUUCCAUUAGAGGAGGUGGUAUGCCUGCCUCUCCCAAACGAUAGAUCCCAAGACUUAACAGAUUCCCUCGAAGAAAAAGAGCUCGUCUUUUGGACGCCUCGAAUUUCUUGCUUCUUUUCUCCGGUUUCUUUAUGGUUUUAGGCUUGUAAUAUACUUUUAUCUUCCUCGAUUAUCAAUUAAUCGUUCCUUGCUGAACAAUGUAACGAAAAGAUGUACACGAGAUACUUUGUGAGAACAGCAAUAGACUCGAAAAGAAGUGGAACAACCAUUACAAGGAAGAAUACUUUCGUUAUGUUCUGCAGAUUUCACAAUUUGUAAAUUUGAAAAAUUGUUGUUUCGCCAAA